UCUCGAAGUGAUGUUAUGCCCAACUGGUAUGUGGCAGCCGAUGGUCUUGAGCCCCGUACGAUUCAAAGUACAGCAUCGGAAGAUAUUGAUUUUGUUUCUGCAUUUGAUUCGACUGAGAAAUGGAAACGAUACGAAAGUGACAAGUAUGAUCCCUAUACCCCUGAGAAGCGAUUCACUAUCAAUGCUGUCCAAGAUGAUCUUGGUGCUGCUCAACACUUAGUUCUCCCAACACCUGUCAAAGUAGAGGUAGAUGACACAUCGACUGUUUCCAUAUCAACUGGAGACUGGGUCAUAGUGAUAAAGGAUAAUUUGCAACAAGAAGCUAAAUAUCUAUC